AUGGCACUCAAACGUGGUGUAACAAUUUUGCAAUCUGCAUCAGAUAUCUUGGGCACUGACAACCGUGAACUCACGAUUCCUUCAUUACACGAAACUUUACAAUCAGUCAUUAAUAACAAUACUUCAACAACUGAUGAAUUCCAUAUGUUGGAUGUGGGCGCUGGAUCUGGGGAAACUAUUGAUUGGUUUUUUGCAAAGAAACUUGAAGAAAACAUCAGCAUGGGAAAGAAAAAAAAUAUUAUCCAUAUUAUUGAGCCAAACCCGGAUUUAUUAAAAGCUUAUCAACAAAAAUUAUUAGAAUAUAAACAUCUUAAUCAAGGAAUUGUUUAUCAAGGUUCUGUACAAAACUAUUAUAUAUAUCACGAGAAUGCUCUCGCACCACCAAAAUUGCCAGCUUCGGUUGAUUUCAUAAAUUGCAUGCAAAUGAUAUAUUAUUUAAUAGAUAUUACAAAACAAACAAUUGAUCCACGUAAAGAUAUUAUAGAUUUUAUAACCUUCUUAUACAGGUUAUUGAGGCCAGGUGGCGCGAUUUACAUUACGUUUUCGGAUACGAGAUGUGGAUUCUUUUCGAUUGAUUGCAAAUUUUAUGAGCAAAUCAUCGGAAAUAUGAAUGUUCCACAAAGAAUUUCUCAAAUGAACAAAGUAUUAAAUGAACUUUUAUUUGAAGGUAAAAUUUUAGAAAUUUUAGAAUCACAAAUCGUAGAUAAAAAUACUUGCCCAAAAAUUUUUAGCAACAAGAUCUCAAGUGGUUUCUAUGCAAGAUCAUUGGCAGACCUCGCUGUAAUAUCUUUACUUGGAGGAGGAAUAUUAAGAUCGAACGAUGAAAUGCUCGAUUUUAGAAGGUUGGAUUUUGCUAUAAAUGAAUUAAAAACUGCGGCUGUUACACCCGUAGCUAUUGGAGAAGAAAAACCAUAUGGGUUAACACGUUGCAUCCGUGGCGAAGAAAAUGUUUGGAGAAGUGAACGUCCUUUAAUUAUUAGUGUCAUUAGAAAAGAACAUAUGGGUUAA